CAAAUCAAGUAGUGUGCAACUAUAAUCUAGGUGCAGCAGACACAGGGGAGCGCGGACAGCGGAUAGAAACAAGAUCUCGCGUGAGACAACUUCAACCCUACUACACGCGCAGCCGGCUGCUCUUGUUCUAGGGACGCUUCCCAACGGAUCUCCUGUCUCUCCCGCAACCCAACUCUUGUCAUUUGCUGAAAAGCAGCAGUAGCAGUACAUGGAAUCUGCCGCCGAUUCAAGUUUGCCCCCCGCCGGCAAGAGCAGCACGCAUCCCAGGGGAAGGAGGGGCAAUGGCUUCCGAGACAUGGAGAUGUCAGUGGACUCGCAGAGCUUCGUGAACCUGGGCCAGCUGAUGGGGAGCCGGCACGGGGGCGGCGGCGCCUCGAGCGCGGCCACCAGCAGCGGCGGCGAAACCACCCGGACAGGGCUCGAAGACUUCGCUUGCACGUCUUUCCUUUCUGAUGACGACGAUGACUCCGAAGGCCUCCGCGACUUCGACCAGAUCUUCCACCCGGCGGCCACCAGCACGUCGGGCGCGCGGUCAUCGGGGCGCGAGCUGUACGGCCAGCAGCGCCACCGCGGCGGCGGUGCAGCGGAUCACCAGCACGGAGACGGAGGGGUAUUGGACGACGACAACGACAGCGUUUUGCCGGCACUCCCUUCCCGCAGCUCAACCCCGGGAUCCCCGCGGGGCUACUCGACUUCAAACAGCGGCAACAGCAGCAGCAGCAAGCCUUACUUCAUUGCCCCGGCGGCGAGUGCUGCUGGCGCCGGGUGGGUCGAGGACGACUUCGGCUCGGGUGCCAGCGCCCGCAGGGGCGGUGGAAGGGUGGGACACGCUUCUUGUGAUCACCGCCUUGCGACAGGGGGCGCGCCUGAGAACAAUUUGCCGCAGAACACGGAUAUUACAACCCAUACGAAGACUACGCCUGCUGCUGGUAUCACGUCCCCCGAGAUCCAACCCGGCGGCAGCGUCGCCCAGCAGAGUGGGACGUCCCAGACCGCCGCCACCGCGGGCGGAGAAACCGCGGCUUCCGGCAGCAGCACGCCUUUCCUGCGCGAGUCCUGGCUGCAUGUCCCCGUUGGAGACGACGACGAAAUCAAGUCGGAGGCAGCCGCAUCCUCGAACAUGGACGAUGACGACUCUCACGCUGAGGAGGCCGGGGGAGCAGCGUUCAGCAGCCACCGGCACCGGUACCCCGAGGCCGCCGCGGCAGCCGCGAGGGCCCGCCGCGCCGCCGCCCAAGCUCUCGGAGAUUGCGGAGAUUGCCUCGUGCGCGGCGUGGGGAGAGCGGGUGCGCUCGCGAAGGCCCGGGCCCUCGAGGUCGGUCGGGCGGUUAAGGUUCACGUCGACGCAGGGGCGGACGCGUGCUCGAGGGGGCAGAAGGCCGCGGUGAAGGCGGUGGACAGCGUGCCGCAGGCUCCGGUGCGCGUGUGGCUGGGUCGCGUCGCUUUGUCCAUCGUCGUCGGAAUCGUGCUCGGCAGCGCCGCCACCUUCUGUGCUCUCCGCGCGGCAACCACGAAGAUGGGCUCCGUCUGCGCCGGUGCCGACGCCACCUCGCCGUGGUGGAGCACCGGGGGCGCCGGCGAUUCAGUCGGAGCGGGGGGGGCGGACCAGAGCUUCGGGGACAGGCUGGACAAGGCGCUGUUCGCGGCGAGGGCGGGAGAAGCAGCGGCUCAGCAGGGCUUGCUGGAGGACAUGCGCAACAUCCUGGCCGCCACCGGCGAGAGCGGGGGCAUCAGCGCCGAGCAGAUCCUCCGGCAGUUCAACGCGAAGCGCUUCAAGGAGGCUUCCAAGGCCUGGUCCGCCGCCGAGGGAAACGUCGCCGGGUCCGACCCCCUCGACCCCCUCUUCUUCGCUCCCCCAACCGCCCCUGUUAACCCUUCUGCUUCGGCCUCCCAGCAGCCGCAGCCGUCCUCGUCGUCGAUUCCCCACGGAGCCACCCCGGCGACGGAUUGCGCCGGCGGCGCUAGCGGUAGCACCUUUUGCUCGGCGGACAGCGGCGGCGGCGGCGGCGGGGGGGAUUCCGUGCGCGCGAACAUGGCGGAGUCGGUGCGGCGUGUGAAAGGUUUCCGCGACGGCGGUCGGCAGGAGUACCGUCGGCACUGCGGCGGGGGUGGGUGGGUGUGCUGAAGGGACGAGAGAGAGGGAGAGAGAGAGCCUCCUCAGCCUACCUCUACGUGCGUGCAUCGUAACAAUGUUUGGCCUGGCCCAACAGGGCUAUGGCCGUCUCAUCAUGGGCGGACGUAUUUGAAAAGAAAACUAUUCCGGUAAGGAGGAUGAUACAACGAGCGCCAGGGGGGGUGUACUCAUAGUCGUGCAUGCCGUAGUCGUUAGACCAUUGACCUCGAGCGCCAGAGCGCCAGGGGGGGAGAGAGAAAAACCAACUCGCAAAGAGGAAGGGCCAAGAUGGUUGAUUGAUGGGCACAUUGGCCGGCAGUACGUGGGAGGAGGUGCUGGUUUUGACUGCGGACGACGACUGCGUCCCCGCUUUCCUGAAAUUUUCGUUUCCUCGUGCUGCAGCAGCAUGCCACCAUGAGAUUGUUGUAAGCAGCAGCCAUGCCCGGCCAAGAAGUCGCGGGGGGAUAUUUUGUACAUUUUCGGUUGUUUGUUCUCCGGGAUCGAUUGAUCCGCUGUCUUGUCAGAUCGAUCGGAAUGCAGCAAUCGGCAUCUUCGUUUGCGGUAGACAGUAGCAGUACGCCAAUCCCGCUCAUCCACCAGCCUCGGCGAAAUUUGCUGCUGUUGUAAUCUUGUUUGUCCGCGUGCCGUGAGAGCUGCUCCACUUAGGCUGCGAAAAUGACGCCUUUGUUCGUGGUGAUGCCCCACACGGGUGUAUGACGUCAUAUGGCGGCGGGUAUGUAUGUUUGGGUUGAUUCGUGCCGUGCAGGCCAUUGUUUUUUGUUGAAAAAAAAAAAAAAACGGAACAUGUACAUCUGCUUUGGUGAGAAUAGGAGGAGUCGCCGGGUGGUUGGAAAAUGGGUUGUACAGGUGGAGGAAGGGAAAGUGGUUGUAUGUAAGGCGGGGAGAGAAGUUGGGCGAAGGAAGUAACGGUUGUCAUGGAGACGUUGCGGGAAAAACGGUUGCGUAGGUGAUUUUUCCUCCGUACGUGCCGCACUACCCCUACUACUGUAAAUAUCCUCCGUGUCAAAGGUGGGGGCCGAACCGGUUUCACCAUUUCGACUGAGACGUAUGAGCACACGGACAUCUAUAUAUAUACCUUCCAGGACGUACGAGCCUAACGCCUCAGGCUCGUCUAGUCAAAGCUGCGAUCAAGGCAGAAGGGGAGAUGAAAGAAUAGGCAGCGUGCACUUGUACAGAGAUGAUUUGUCUGUUGGAGGGAGUUGUCCACCUGGUGUAUCUACCGUCCGCUUAUUGUUGUUGGCAACCCCGAUGAAAGGAUGCGUGCUUUUGUAGUUUUUGGGGAUAAAUAUACUGUAGUCCAUGUCCGUGCGGCAGAAUUUCUGCUCGCUGUGCACAAAGUACUUCCUGCUGGUAGAGACUGUUUAAGCUUGCGAGCCCCCCCCUCUUCUGUGGCAGUGGGAGUGGUAGCCAGGUUGGAACCUUUGGUGUUUGGUGGCAUGGCCUAGCUGUAGAGUGAGAGAGCCGACUCCGUCGUGUGAUGCCAUCAUGAGACUUGGUCCGCGCGAGAGAGUAGAAUGUCGCAAAACAAGUUUUGUCCUUGUAAGAGAAAAAUUGACAAGAAAAAUGCGUUGUAUUUUGCGAUUUUACGGGAGAGGUUUUUGUUUACAGUGGUGGUGGUGAACGUGGGUGCAGCAGUUGUCGAUGGGAGCGGUGAGCGUGGAGCAGCUAUGUCGGUAGGAGCGUAUUGUAUAGCUGUCGUCCUCUCGCUGUCGCCUCUCUCCCCGUUGGAUACUGCAGGAAGAACGUGUACGGGGUGUUGAAGGCGUGUUGAUUGGAAAAUCUUCAGGGUUUUCCGCCAUUAUCCUGCGUUCUGAUUGGAUUGUGAGCAAAAGAAGAACCUCGUUUUUUGGUGGGGAUGAGCGUAGUGAUAAGAAUGGCCCACCGACGAGAGCGAGGCUUUGUCACGAAGACUGCGUUGCCGACAAUGGUAUGGUGCCUCCAACAGACCCCAGCAGAAAGAAAAGUUAACCAUCGUUCCUCCUCCAUUUUGGCACGUCAUCAAGUUUUAUUUUGAAGGUGCU